AUGGCUCCCACUUUCCGUAUCCACCGACCAGACGUUCUGGCUUCUCUGCCUCGUCCGCUCGACCAUACAAAGGGCCAGUACCAUAUCGGAGAGGUCUACACACAAAAGCCUGGCUCGAAGAAGAGAAAGAGGUUGGAGGUCGUUGUCGGUGUCGACGGAGAAGCAGCAAAUAUCUAUCAUGUCCCUUCCUCCGGUCUGCGAACAUCCUACCCGAUCCCGCCUCAAGAGUCCUUCACUUGCGCGCCGCAUUCGAUUCGAUACCAGGGAGCCGGCGCAAGCGGUCGCGACAACUACACAUACCUCUCGACGCAAGACUCGACAGGCGCAAAGGUCACCCUCUGCCGCGAUGCCAUCGACGUAACCGGCAAGACGAACUCUACCAGCACAUCCCAGCGAGUGCGCCACAAGUCCCCGAUCACCUACCUCUUCACGUCGUCUGCUGUUGAUACUACUGUUGUGAGCGACGUCUCGCAAUCCGAGAGGGGCGACGUGCUUGGCCUUUGCAGAGACGGGCAGGUUCUAUGCUUGGACGGAGAAGCUUUAGAGCAGAAGUGGAGCGCAUCUUCCUACAACCUGUGCAAAGAUCUGCUUCCAUCGACCAUCUCCAAGUAUGAGGUCGAGUUUUCUCUCCACGCUGCGGCCUCAGAAGUCCUUAAUGGGCUGUUCCAGGGCAGGCAAGACGCCUUUGGCUCUUUUGGGCGGCAGAUCGACCCCAAGACCUUCAACCCGGACGUACUCGCCAUAGUCGUCCGUACCAACAGCGAAGACUCGACCUCGAGGUUCCUCAUCAUUCUCGGCGUCCUGCCGACUGUCUCUUCGCAGCCAUUGGUCCAACUUCACGUUACGCCCUUGCCUUCUCAGGAUGAUGUCGUAGCCGAGGCCGCUACCUACCAACUUCACAUCCAGUCUGGAAAGCUCCUCCAACUGUCCGGUGCUGUCCUCCGAACCUACGACCUUACGAGUGCCGUACCCAAGUUGCAGGGUCGCUUGCCUUUGCCCGAACUCACCUCAUUCCUCCAGCUGUCAGAGCACUCAGUCCUCUGCCUGUCCAAGAACUCUGCUAGUAUGAUGAACCCCACGUUCCACUCAGUCCAGGCUUCGACAGCGAUCCAGCUUCCCGAAAGUACCGAGCAGCAAAAGCCAACUCUGAUCACCUUCCUAUCCAAGUUGGACAUGGCAGUUGCGGUUGUUGGCAACACUCUGGUUUCCAUUCAGAUUGAGCGCCCCAAGUCCCACGGCAAGGAAGGUCUUCUUAUCGACUCCAUUGGACGAGGCUUACCGAGAUCGGAUCGCGUACCAGCAAGCCUGCCCAAGACUGGAAACUCGACGUUCGAAGACUACCUUCCCGGAACACUGUCCGACGAAUACGUCAAGGAAUCAUUGGCAGAUGUGGAGAAGGCGGACGGAUACCUCCUGGCACAGGACUGGAAGGCCUUCGAGGGUCUCUUGGCACAGCGAUUCGGAGUUGCCAUCGACCAAGACGCCGAGGUUACUGGAGGCCAGACGCCCGACUGGAAGUGGCUGGAACGUUCUGACAAGUAUCCUGCAGUUGACCGCCGGUGGGUGCUGUACGCCAUCAGCAGAGUGUUCUCGAUGGAUACUCAGGCUGUGGAAGGUGGUCUCCUUCGCUGCAUGCUCCCCGCGAGCAAUGUCAUGAUCUAUCUCAUCGCUGCCGGCCAUCUCACCAACGCCAACAUGUCUGCCGCCUUCAAGAGCGAGCUGGCCGAGGUGGCUUCUAAGGAAUCGAUCAUCGACAAGCUUGUCCAGCGACUUGUUGACAUGGAUCCGGCCAUGGAGCUUCUCUUGAACUACGUCUCAGCCACCAAGCUUGGCGAGAAGGAGCUCCUCCUGGUCAUUCGUAUCAUCAUGCGUAGCCUCGACCAGCAGUCGAGACUUUUGCUCCCUGCACCCACGGAGACAAAGGAGGAAGAGUACGUGGCGAUGGAGAUUGAUCAUCUUGAGAAGGAGCUCGAGCUGGCCGAGUAUCACUUGGGCGACGACUCGAACCUCCGCGCACGAGCCCUGACGACGGCCUUUGAGAAGCUCUCCAACUACUCUUCAAUCGCUACAGUGCGGGCUCUUCGUGAAACCUUCAACCCGACGGAGGUCUUGUCACUCAUCCACUUGCUGCGGGUGCAGCUUAUUGGUAGUGCCUGGACAUCAAGGUACGUCGACGCGACAAACUUCGACAAGGACGAGGCCGCGAGAGCACCACCAGAUGGCGCCAUCUCGCUCAUCGCGGAACUUCUGUCCCGAUGCAUUGAUUCCGUCGGACCCAGCGGAUGGCUUACAAAUGGCACAUCCCUGGGUGACCGUGCGGACGCGGCCGACUUCAUCACGGCACUGAAGCUCGAAGUCAGCGCAGCCUUGGAGGGCCUGAACGAGGCCGUCUACCUGGACGGUAUCGUCGGCGAGGCGGUUCAAUACGGCAGAGCAGUCAAGGCUGGAGUCAAGACGGCUCCUUCCGGGCGUGCGCAAGCCCUUGCUAAGCCGGUAUCGCUGGAUGUCGAGAGCUCGCCUCAUCUGCCUUUGGGGCUCGUGUCCAAGCAGAACGUGUCCAACCUCAAGAUUGUCUCGGGCGGUGAGGUGCUCGAGAGGAGCUCCCGUGAGAAGGGACAUUUGCUGAGUCAGAAAGUCAAGGCAUACUCUCUGGAGAGAAUCUCCAUUUGA